GAGGGUGGAAGCGUUAGGUCCCCGGGUCCCCAGAGCCCCCACCGCGGCGAAGCCUGCCCACUCCCUACGGGGCUCCGGAGCCCCGCGUCCCCGGCUUCACGCUCGGCUCUGCUGAGCCGGCUCCGCCGCGCCUUAGUCCGGACUGUCUUCGCCUAGUCCUAGGCCGGGAUCGAAUCCCAGAGCCCCUCCCCAGCUCACCCCACAGCAGCUCACUCCCUCGCUGAAGGCCUGGGGAUCGUCACCCCCGCCCCGGAUGUGCCCUGGUCCAGCUCCCGAGGCAGCCCACCCCUCGUAUUUCUGAGAUCCAGCCCCAGGCUGGACUGGGAACCCACUCCCAUCUGAGGGGCCUGCCGUAAUGGCUUCAGCUCUGGCCUGAGCAUAUGGAUGUCAGGCUUCUGGUUCUGGCUCUGCCCCCUAGCCACUGUGACAUUAGUCUAACCUCUCUCUGCCUCAGCCUGUUCCCUAUCUGAUCUGUUGCUCUGUUCUAGGAGUUGAGUCAGAGCUGCUCAGUUCCCUUCACUCUGCUGACCAGCACAGAAACAGCCCAAACUCUUCUCUCUGCUGACAGCAGAUUUUAGGUAAAGUCUUGAGAAAGAAGAAAUCGGGGCUGGAGAGGAAAGCGGGAAGAAUCAGAUCUCAGAUCUCUGGAGAGAAGGAGCUGUGAGGAGCAGCCCCACCUCCACCAUAACAGACAGGUGGAAAGAGCAGGUUGAGAAGAGCCAGAGCACACAGGCCUCCCAGGAUAACAGCCUUCAACAGGCUGGUGCUGCCCUCCAGCUGCAGGUGUCCCCUCAGCCGCCCCAGUGAUGUGGUGGUGAGGCAGAACCCGCAGACCCUGCCAGAAGAGGGCUCCCAGGGCCAUGGCUCAGGUCAGCAUCAACGCUGACCAUGGCGAAUGGAGUUUGAGCACGGACGCCGGGGAGCGGGCCCGCCUGCUGCAGAGUCCCUGUGUGGACACAGCCCCCAAGAGUGAGCAGGAGGCCUCUUCUGGGGAUCUGGGCAGAGGCACCACUUCCACGCUUGGGGCCGUCUUCAUCGUCGUCAAUGCCUGCCUGGGUGCAGGGCUGCUGAACUUCCCAGCCGCCUUCAGUACUGCCGGGGGCGUGGCAGCCGGCGUCACGCUACAGAUGGGCAUGCUGGUUUUCAUCAUCAGCGGCCUCGUCAUCCUGGCCUACUGCUCCCAGGCGAGCAACGAGAGGACCUACCAGGAGGUGGUGUGGGCUGUGUGUGGCAAGCUGACGGGCGUGCUGUGCGAGGGGGCCAUUGCCACCUACACCUUUGGCACCUGCAUCGCCUUCCUCAUCAUCAUCGGGGACCAACAGGACAAGAUUAUAGCUGUGAUGGCAAAGGAGCCUGAGGGGGCCCACGGCAGCCCCUGGUACGCAGACCGCAAGUUCACCAUCAGCCUCACUGCCUUCCUCUUCAUCCUGCCCCUUUCCAUCCCCAGGGAGAUCGGCUUCCAGAAGUAUGCCAGCUUCCUGAGUGUCGUGGGCACCUGGUACGUCACUGCCAUCAUUAUCAUCAAAUACAUCUGGCCAGAUAAAGAGAUGACCCCGGGGGACAUCCUGACCAGGCCAGCUUCCUGGAUAGCUGUGUUCAACGCCAUGCCCACCAUCUGCUUCGGAUUUCAGUGCCACGUGAGCAGUGUGCCCGUCUUCAACAGCAUGCGGCAGCCUGAGGUGAAGACCUGGGGCGGUGUGGUGACGGCUGCCAUGGUCAUCGCCCUCGCUGUCUACAUGGGCACAGGUGGGUGCUCCCCCCCAAGGGCUGGGGUUGGAGUGCUCCCACUUUUCCUCAUCGUCCCCAAGUCCUCUGGCCCAGCUUUCCUGGGGACAGCGCUGCACUCCCAGCACCUCAAACAUUCUGUGGGCAUUGGCUUCACUUUGGGCUGCCGUGCGCCUCCUCCUGCCCAAACGAGAGAGCUGUGUCCGUCCAUUCAUUCAGCUGCUCUCAACUGGUGCCUAGAGAGUGCCAGGAACUGUUCUCAGCAUGGGGGGUGCCGUGGAGAUGGACGGACCUGGUCCCGCCCUCACAGAAUCAACGGUCUAGAGAGACAGUCCUACAAGAGUAAACCAGGGGUCCGUAAGGGAUUCCGACACACUGGCAUCUGUGGCUUCCUGACCUUUGGAGUUGCUGUGGACCCCGACGUGCUCCUCUCCUACCCCUCGGAGGACAUGGCUGUGGCCGUUGCCCGCGCCUUCAUCAUCCUGAGCGUGCUCACCUCCUACCCCAUCCUGCACUUCUGUGGGCGGGCGGUGGUCGAAGGCCUGUGGCUGCGCUACCAGGGGAUGCCGGUGGAAGAGGACGUGGGGCGUGAGCGGCGGCGGCGGGUGCUGCAGACGCUGGUCUGGUUCCUGCUCACGCUGCUGCUGGCACUCUUCAUCCCUGACAUCGGCAAGGUCAUCUCAGUCAUCGGAGGCCUGGCCGCCUGCUUCAUCUUCGUCUUCCCAGGGCUGUGCCUCAUUCAAGCCAAACUCUCUGAGAUGGAGGAAGUCAAGCCAGCCAGCUGGUGGGCGCUGGUCAGUUACGGAGUCCUCUUGGUCACCCUGGGAGCCUUCAUCUUCGGCCAGACCACAGCCAAUGCCAUCUUUGUGGAUCUCUUGGCAUAACCACUGCCUCCCAAGGAACACGUGGCCUUUGCUGUUGGACCCAGCAUCCCAUCUCUUAGAGCUGCGGGGCCACCCUGAGUCCGGCAUCCUUCCUCCCUACUGGUGGAGUGACAUCUGGACAUCCUUUUCCAGGGACAGUUCUGGGGUUAAAUCAGGCCCCAACCUGUGGACAACUCAAACCCAGCUCCCUUCCUGUCUCCCCCAUCCUGGCAGUGCCAUAGGUGGUGGGAGGAGGUCUCAUGUCACAGAGGAACCUUCCCCCUUCCUCCAACUCUCGACUUCUCCAUGCCUGGAACCCGUGGGUGAAGAGGGCCAGGAGGUCUCAGCAGAAAGAACCCAGCCCGACCUCCCUCUGGAGAAAGGGUGGGCAAAGGGUCGUCCCCCCGAGAGCAGCCUGUCCUGAGUAGGGCUGUGCUCGUUACCCCCGGACACACUGCCUGCUCCAGUCUGUUGGCAGCCCAGCCAGCGGUGGCUUCCUCUGGGAUCUGGCAAGUUCCAAAGGGAGCACCGAAGUCGUACAAAUGCGCAGAGGCAAAGAGAUCCAUGCCUUGUCCACUCCCUCCUGGCCCCCAGUGAGCCUGACAGCCCUCUCUCCCAUGGCUAAGGGGCAUUUCCAAGGCUUUGGGGCCUCACGCUGUCUCGUUCCCCUGACCUGAGGGUCCAGGCGUCCCCCUCCUCCGUCCCAACAUCACCAAGUCUAAUGUUUACAAACGGUGCCGGCCCAGCCUUGAGCCAGGGCCCAGGGGCCGUCCUGUGCCACCACGGUGCUGUGAGCACACCUCCGUGAGCUUUCCCCAUGCGGGGAGUCUGCUUUUCUCUUCAGAUUCCAGACGUGCCCCUCUCUUCCGAGGCAUGAGGGUGGGUAAUGGAAAAGGCUGGGAACCUUUCAGACCCGUGCAGGCUGGGCUGGUCAGGAUCAAGGUGAACCUGUCUGACAUCUGCACUUUCACCCACUGCUUCUCUUCUCCUGCCCUGCCAGCCCUAGCAGCAUGGUAGCCCAGAGAGAAAAAAGGCAGCCGAGUUGUCAUUAACUGGGUGACGUCUGAGUGUAGCCACGCCAGCCUGGAAGUUUCCCUUCCACUGUAGAUCUUGUCUGCUCCUUCCCGACUCCAUCACUUCUUCACCCCCUCCCCCAUUUCUCUAUGUUGCUCAAUCUCUCCUGUGCACAUAAGUAUGCAGGUGGGGGAUUGCCAAACCCCAUCGUGUCAGCUUCCUCAGCUCCACACAUCCACCAGGCCUUCCUUCAGUGGCCUGUCGGUCACACUGAGGUCACACCCAGAUUGUGCCCCAAGCAGGAUGAGGAGGGACACUGUUCUCCCCGUUCUUGUUCCCAUUUUCAAUACCUUGGCCGCUCACUUCGGUCAACCCCAGGUACCAAAUCAGGCUUCGUCCGCCUGGAGCACCAGUAUUUCCCUGGCCCCUCCUGCCCAAACCUCUGUACCAGGGAUGCAAGGGACCCCAGCCCAGCAGACCCCAACUCAGGGCAGUCGGAUGUAAGAAGCAGAGGCUGGCUGGAGGCUGGAGAGGCCUCUGCUCAGUCCCCAGAAUGGGCAACCUGCCUUUCCUCACGUCCCGUCUCGGCCCCCAGGGCCAGACCCACUCUGCUGUUUUCUCUCAGGCUGCUGCACAGCACCAGACCCUGCCAGCGCCCACGCCUGCCGAGGGUCGGAGAACAGCGGUCAGCAGGGCUGCACAGCCUCCUGAUGCUGGGUUUCCGGGGUGGGGGGAUGUAGGGAGAGUCACUGCACAGAACUAGACCAGUCGGGAAAAAGCUGGAAUCCGGCCUCUUGGCCUAACCUCAGGAGCCCCCUCCCUGCCAGGGCAUUUUACUGUUUCUUUUCUAUUUGUGCACAUUCAGACUGGGGAGGAUGGUUAAUAAAAAAAGGGACUUGUGCUGCUGA